AUGCGUCCACGAGCGAAAAUGACGGACGCCAGAGAACGUACAUUUAUCAUGAUCAAACCCGAUGCCGUUCAAAGGGGUUUGGUAGGCAAAGUAAUUCAAAGGUUUGAACAAAAAGGAUUUAAAUUAGUAGGUUUAAAAUUUUUAUGGCCAGGAAAGGAACUAUUGGAAAAACAUUAUGCCGAUUUGUCUUCUAAACCAUUUUUCCCUGGCAUGAUCGAAUACAUGUCAUCUGGUCCGGUUGUACCGAUGGUUUGGGAAGGUUUGAACGUCGUUAAAACUGGUAGAGUAAUGCUCGGAGCCACUGAUCCAAAAGAUUCAGCACCAGGUACGAUUCGUGGAGAUUUUUGCAUUCAAGUUGGAAGAAAUGGAGUUCACGGUUCAGACUCUGUAGAAUCAGCCAACAAAGAAAUAAAAUUAUGGUUCAAACCCGAAGAACUUGCUGACUGGAAGAGAGACACAGAAAAGUGGAUUUACGAAUUUUAA